AUACGAAGAAAGGACGGCAGCAGCAUCCAGCUUUUUAACUGCGCUUCCGCAAACAGCAAAGAAAGCUGAGAGAGAGCGCCGAGCACAUCAUACGGCUGGUACAUGGUGCGCGCCGCAAACAGGGUAUACGUUCUGGAUCCGCUGGACAGAGAGGGGACUCGAGAAUGCCGGGGUUUUUGUGGGAUACGGUGCUCCAGUACCCGCUAUCGUAAGGAGACACUAUACAUGUAGAACCCAUUACUCUGACGGGUCGGCGUUCGUGGGACCUUUGAAGGAUGGAAUGAGGCACGGGAAGGGCUGCUACUUCUUUCACGACGGAAAGCCGCUCCUCUUGUAGGUACGAGGGAUACUUCAAGGGAGACAAACGCCACGGAAAGGGAACACUCAACCUCGCCAGCGGGGGAAAAUACGUCGGCGACUGGGAGAACGACUCGCAGCACGGCUUCGCGGCGUUCUUCUUCGCCGAUAGCUCUUCCUUCAAGGGGCUGUGGAUGCAGGGUAAGAAGCGGCGCAUUCAUCUUCUCAUCUGGCGGGCGGUAUAUCGGGGAGUUGCAAGCAGGGCGCAGACACGGUCAAGGGCCUUUCCUGUUUGCUGACGGCUCCAGCUACGAGGGACAGUGGCAAGGAGAGGGAAACGCGUGGUACGCCUCGGGCAAUCGUUACGUGAGGCAGUGGCUCUACGGAAAGCCGCACGGGGAGGGCACAUACUAUUACGCCACGGGGGCGAGAUACGAAGGGUAGUUCGAUGGUGGCAAGUGCCACAGCCGCGGAACCUACUUCUACGCCAAUGGUAACAGCUACGAGGGCGGCUUCGACAACGGCAGAAGGCACGGCGUGGGCGUCUACCGCUGGCCCCACGGAGACUUGCACCGAGGCUCUUGACCGCAGGAGUGGACGAGGCCACUACGAGUGGACCGAGGUUGGGCUGACCUUCGAGGGGAUGUUCCACGAUGAUCGCAGGACGGGCCGCGGAAGCAUCGUCUUCCCCGAUGGUUCUAGAUAG